CUCUAGCACAGAUUGUUUGCUCUGUAUGUAGUUUCUUCGCCAGAACGAACAGCUGUUGACUCCUUAAAAGUCAUCAUUGUUCACCCUUCUUGGUGAGAAACAAAUUUUGGAAAUAGCGACGUGAUUUCGAUUCGACGAUCUUCUUCUUAUCAACCGUUGGAAUACGAGCAGUUUUCAUCUGGCCGCCGGAUUCCAUCUUGAGCAAAAUUUCCACAGUCUACUUUUUGCAGCUGUUGUCUUGGUCUUUCACGGGAACGGAGACUACACCGGACGAAAUUUUUGUGGAAUGGGCACUGUUUCUUCCUGUUGACCGGGAGAACGAAAAAGGACGAAAAGAAAGCGUGCAGUACACGAACAACAACGACCAGGACGAAACACAGCAGGAGGAGUGGCCAGCCGAGGUGGACGUAGUACAGCAGGCGACAAUGUCUUCCUCGUCCCGUCGGUCCAGCCGACCGUGGAUGCAGAGGUUCUCUUCCGCGCUGGGAAUGGGCGGCAACCAGCAGAACCAAAACCCCGCAGCGACGGCGGGAGCAAAUGUCGGCGGCGGUCAGAACUUUUCGCCAUCAGGAGGUGGCGCGGGAAAUGCGCAGCAGGACGAAAACGCCAUGAUGGGCAACGAUGACAACAUGUAUGAUAAUGAUAAUUUGUUCUUUUUGCACUUGACAAAAGAAACUAUAUCAAUAUCUACUGUAUGCUGACGCGAGCUCUGGCAUGACAGAAAAGAAAAUCAUCUUGUUCGUCCUCUAAAUCAAAAAUCACAGCACGCCCUCCCCGAGGACGCUGCAAGACUUGAAAGCCAAAGAGUACCGCGUGAAGCUGACGCAGAUUUUCAACGGCUUGGCUAUGGCGAGAAAAAGCUACUUGAACCACGCGGACGAGAACUGGCAGACGUUCCUCGACCGGGUGCAAGAGGCGUACGAAUUUUUUGAAGGGGGAAAAACACCGGAGCGGAAUUAUCGAGACUCUUUCACGAUCGAGAACUACCGGAUGCUGUUUCAACGGGAAAACUUUGCCUACCGGGACGACGUGUGCCGCGGAGUGAAGCGGAUCCGAGACGGGAUGUGGGUCAACGGGGAGGAGGUAAGUACAGUAGAGUUGAGUUCUUCUCCGGGCAAAGCGCUAUGCACAACUUAUGGUGCCUCUUGCACUUGCAAAAAAUGAUACGAAGAGUAAGUUUACUUUUAUUCCAACAUCAAGAACACGUCCUCACAACGAAAGGUAAAAUUCCCGCAGAGCCUGGUCGAUGAAGGGUUUGAGUUGGCGUCCAGGGGCGAGAAACUGAUGGACGUGGUCUUUAUGAUUGACGACAUGGAGUUAAACCGAUCCAGUAUUUGUCCUAAUUUCUUUGUUCGUUUGCUUUUCGAAAUCUGCAGUGCAUGACAGUAGCAAUGUUCGAAUCUUCCGUGUCGGUCUUGCCAAAAAUGCAAUUGCGAAUACCGUAAGGAUGAUGAACUUCUCGUUCUUCUUCUGGGUAUCAUUGAAGUGCAGAAAAACAUAAAAAAACACCGCAGUGGAGCAAGUCCACCCGACCACCCGGGCUGUUGCGGUAGAGAAAUUCAAAAUCGCCCUGCGAAUGUUCGACACCAAGUAUGUGAUCUUCGAAAAGAACUACAUCGAGGCCCUCAUUGCCGUGGAGAAGCGGAGUCGUAUUAUAGUUCUUUGGGAUUUUGAAUCAUGCCAUGCCUCUGCCUGCGCGAAGUAGAUUGAACCCCAUUAAUUCUGAUUCUGAUUCUUGUUUUCGUCCACAAUCGCAUACCUACCACAUUAACGCCACAGGCAACCUAGUCGAGACGAUCGCGAAGCAGAUUGUCACUCUGGCGGAAUCCGGGGAAAAAGUGAACCAGGAGCUCCUCGACCACAUGGCAGAGCUGAACAAAAAGUCUCGGGAUUGCUUCAACUGCCGGUACGACUACAACAUCAUGCGGACGGUGCUCACCAAAAGUUACGAGGCGAGCAUCCACGAGCGGCUCUGGUAUCUUUACAUAGAGAGAAGAGUAGUUGUUUAUUGUUUUGGCCAAAUUAUUUAUCGCCAUGUGUUGUAAUCUUCUUGCUCUUGCAUCGCAGUACCAGCAGUCGUGUGUGACGCGUAACAGGACGAGCCACAACGUCACAUGAAUGCAAAUCAGGUACCUCCCCACCGAGUUAAUCGAGCGGUUUGACGACAUUUGUGCCUACCUGAAAGAGUUACAGCCCAAGAUCCUCCGCGUGCACCCGAAGUUAGAACACAAUCCGGGGUUAGUGCAACGAUUGGAGAAGUUCCACGACACGUAUACAACUGUUUGCAUUUUGAUGCUCGUUCUUUUAUUGCAUAUAUUUUAUAUGAAUCGGAGAUGAUUUUUUUUCUGUGGUUUGACAUUUUCGCAUAUAGAAAGUAUGAAAAAAUGGUCAAUUUCGUCGAACAAAAAAUCUCUUCAGCUACGGGCGUGUGUGCGACUGGGUGAACAACGGAGAGAAUCCCAUGUCCCAAUUCUGCCAGUUUCUCGAUGAAGUCCUGCCCACCAAGAACAUCCAGCUCGACGGGUCCGUGGAUUCGAUUCUGCUCAUUCCACGCCUUUUCUGCCUCUUCGCCUGGAAGCACCGGGUCCAGCUGUUAGAUCCGGAGAUCGACGUGCUUUCCCCAGUUCUUGGGGCGGUCAAGAAUAAACAAGAGCAAACAGUACUAGAUACAGACGAGCCCAUGAAACAGCAACUACAACACGAUUUUGCGACAGCGACCACAGUUGUAACCAGGAAGAACCGGUGCGAUUCCGCCGCCAUGAGCGUGGAUUUCGAGCAGGACCAAAACAUGGACCCCGCGAGUCCGAUCAGUACAACGGCGGAGGAAAUGUCGGUGUCGGUUGGGGAAACUACAAACGAGAAUAAUUCCGCUUCCAGUGGUAGCUCAGCUUCGAGCAGUAGUCCGCAGGAUCAACAUCAUGUGAACCACACAACUACACAGCCGGCUGUAGUAGUUCCGGUGUCGAAAGGGCCACUGGAGUACAUCCAGGAAAUGAUGACCGGGGCGAUGGGGAAUAGUAGCGGCUCUAGUGGAAGCAACAGUGACGCUAGCUGCAAUUAUCAGGACCAACAAGUACUACCCGAGGACCACGGAUGGACGGUGGUUAAUGGAAACACUAACACUGGUGGUCAGGAACAACAACAACAACAAACAUCUUCGAGCCAAACUUUGAACAGCAGUACGACACCAAACUCUUCCCCCGAUGUAAAGAUGUCGAAAUCUUCUUCCACGGCCUCGUCCACUUCGAACUACACGAAACCGACGAGAGCAAUGAUCCGGGCACUGAAACGGUUGAUCACGGAGUUGCAACCGGAGUUACUAGUGGAUUUGAGUAGGUCUCUCUGCCGGGAUGAUCGGAUGCAGUGGGAGACUGCGAGCAUGCAGGAUUUAGUGCAGGAGAUCAUCCUGAACGGGAUCGAUUCCCCGACGCCCUCGGAUCUGUCGAAGGAGUGGGAGGUGCACUCGAUUCAACUGCAAAGGCACAACGCUAGUGCCUGGAACGCGUUUGUCAGUGUGAUUUUACACGAAGACCCAGAUGAGGAAGAGAGACGGGCGAGACCACGGUUACCCAGCGUGUAGGAGAAGCGGUUUCUAUUGGUAAGGAGACGCGAAUACUUUAUUUAGGAUGUUGCUGAACUACUUCCAGAAGAAUUCAAAAUUUGUGACGACAAUUUUGAGGUAAAAAACAAACAUUCUAAAUUAUGUAGCUGAACUUAAGGUGGUCGUCGUGAACUUCCUCGUCUAAAAACUCUCCCCGAUCCAAGAUCAAAACGCUAGAACUUCGAAAAUUUUUGCCGCUACAAUUCUGCAUUCGUUUUUGAUUUUGAUUGACUGGGUAACUACGUUCAGACUAAGAGCCAGUAAAAAUCGGGCUUGUGAGCUAAUCAACAAAAAACUAGAGAAAAAUCAGACACUGACGAACCGUUUUGAAUUUUCAUUUUCUCCUCCGCUUUGACGAAUGGUGUUGUCGGACGCAGAAGAUCUAGCAACAAUAUAUAAAUUUAGGUUUUGACGACAAUUCUGCUGCGCCCUAAGAACUCAAUAGGAGUUCUUACGCGACAACAAAGUUAGAACAUAGUCCCGGAUGAAUAGGCAGAAGAAGCAGACGCAAAUUUUUGCCGACCCAUUUUUUUAGAACUAGAAGAAUUGAAGAUGAGAUUUCACGUUAAUAUUUCCUAAAUCCUAAACCUAGCGAUGUAGCGACUCGUUUGCAAUGCCGUUGCAGCUACCUCUUUACUUUUUAAUAAACCUAUACGAUAAUUUCAGUAAUGACUUUGACUACAAUCACCCCACUGCAGUUCCUUUGGAACUUUCUACACUUCUAUUACUCAUAAUGCCCAAUCCUACGACUGCUAUGCAUCUCAUAGCAGGCAAGUUCUUUCGAGCUUAUGUCAAUUUCACACAUUUCACUUUCAGUUUCUUAUCGCAGUAAAGAAUACAGCAAAAGAUAACCGUUUCAAAUGUUACUCGUUUCGAAUGCACUUGCGCUAGAAAUUAUGCAAUGAUCUCCUGCACAGCGGCUUCUGCACAGCUGAGGACCAUUUUUAGAUGAGCUGGAAAGUAGGUAGUGGCACAAACGCCGCACAGAUGAAACGAUUACAAGAACGGAUAAAGAUGCACAGAUAUUUACAGCACCAAAAAUAAGAUUGUUUCGAAUGACAGCUACGAUAGAGUAAGCAAGCCACUACUGAUAGUGAUGCGCGUCUUACAGAGCUCUGAGCAAUGAAGAUACAAAAUGCUCACCUUCUUCUUGAUUUUUUGUAAUAUUCCACCGGUUUCUAUUUGUUGCCGCCUUCUUGCAAAAUUUACAGAUUUUUAUGAAAAGAACUUUUAUGAGCUUGCUUUGUUUCAGUUUGUUUCACGUGACACCUUUUUGUCACCACUUUGCGAUGCAUUUCUUGCAGAUGCGAAGAUCUUUGAGAAUACAGGCCUGCAAAAUUUGGUUUCGGGGAGAAAAGGAAUGCGAAAAGAAGAACCCAACGUGCUGAUUUAAUGCCGCGACUUUGUUCGAAUGACAGUAUAGUUUCAGUUUCUUUAAUGUCACUGGAAAUGUAUCAUUUUCCUGCACAAAUUCUUGAGGUUGAGACUAUGAUGACGACAAAUGCAGCCUGCAAAUAACUGUUUUUUAUGAAGAAACAAAACGGAUAAAUAAAAAGACAACUUUCCCAGAAU